AUGGGAACAACCAAGCAAAACAAAAGCCAUCCUAAAUCCACAAAGCAGUACUUCUUACUGGAGGAAAGAGACAGGCUGAAGAACUCGGCUGGUGGGGUCCAAGGUGGCAGUGCUAAUGCCAUUGCAUCCAACAGAGGAAUAAGCCAGGCCAGCCAGAGCAGUGACAAAGGUGCCUUUUCUGCCUCACAAGAUGACAAGCAGGAGACCAGCCACCUCAAGGGUGUGCAUGGCCACAGUGGGUCCUCACACAGCACGGGGAAUAAACAGGAGGGACUGGAGCUCUGCGUGCAGUCACAGGGCCAUGAUCUCAUUGCAGUCACAGGCUUUUCAGGAAAGACAGGCCAGCAAGACGAGGUGGGGGAGCUGCUCUUUAUGCCACCUGAUGAGAAAGAAGUCAAUGAGUCCUUCUACAGCCAGCUAGAAGUACCCUCACAAUUGCAGGCCCUGGUUCUCGUGGGUGACUUCAACCCCCCUGAUAUUUGCCUGAAAAGCAAGAUGGCGAGGCACACACCAUCCAGGAGGCUCCUGCAGAGCAUUGAGGAUAACUUUUUGACACAGGUUGUGGAGUACCCCGAGUACUUGGACCUUCGCCCGUACACGUCUCACGCGGCUGGGGAGCCCCUCCUCUACUCCUUAUAUGCUGUCGUGGUUGUGGAGUACCCCGAGUACUUGGACCUUCGCCCGUACACGUCUCACGCGGCUGGGGAGCCCCUCCUCUACUCCUUAUAUGCUGUCGUGACAAAUUUGAAGGAGUGUGUCUCUGUCUUUUUGCAUAGGAAACAGCUGAAAAGCACUUCUAAGUAUAUUUAUCAGACUCUGUUUGUGAAUGGGGAGAACAGCGAUGUCAAAAUUUGUGCUCUGGGAGAGGAGUGGAACUUGCAUAAGAUCUAUUUGUGCCAGUCAGGCUACUUUUCCAGUAUGUUCAGUGGAGCUUGGAAAGAAUCUAGCAUGAACAUCAUAGAGUUGGAGAUUCCUGACCCAAACAUUGAUACAGAAGCUCUACAGGUGGCUUUUGGCUCGCUGUACAGAGAUGAUGUAUUAAUAAAACCCAGUCGAGUAGUUGCCCUUUUAGCAGCAGCCUGCAUGCUGCAGCUUGAUGACUUAAUCCAGCAAUGUGGUGAAACAAUGAAGGAAACCAUUAAUGCAGAAACUGUGUGUGGUUAUUACAAUUCAGCGGCAACAUAUGGGUUAGACUCUGUGAAGAAAAAGUGCCUGGAAUGGCUCUUGAAUAACCUGAUGCCUCACCAGAGUGUGGCGCUCUUCAAAGACCUCAGCAUAAACCUCAUGAAACAGCUGAUUAGUUCUUCUGACCUACUUGUAGUGCAAGUGGAAAUGGAUGUGUACACCGCUCUCAAAAAGUGGAUGUUCCUCCAGCUAGUGCCUACUUGGAAUGGGUCUUUGAAACAACUCUUAACCGAAGCUGAUGCGUGGUUUGCCAGGCGCAGGAGAGAUUUUGAGGAUGACGUUGCCUUCCUGGAAUCGGAACAGGGGAAUGCAUUCCUGUCGGUGUUCACACACUUGAGAUUACAGUAUAUCAUCAGUGACUUGGCGUCAGCCAGAAUUAUUGAGAGAGAUUCCCUAAUGCCCUCAGAAUGGCUGUCCUCUGUUUACAAACAGCAGUGGCUUGCCGUGCUCAGAGCAGAACAAGGCAAUGAUAUUGGGCCUCAGGAAAUAAAUAAAGAGGAACUGGAAGGAAACAGCAUGAGGUGUGGUCGAAAACUUGCAGAGGGUGGCCAUUACUGCUGGCGGUGGACUGGGUUCAACUUUGGCUUUGACCUUCUUGUCACUUAUACAAAUGGUUACAUCAUUUUCAAGCGGAAUACGCUGGAUCAGCCGUGCAGUGGAUCAGUCAGUCUGCAGCCUCGGAGAAACAUAGCCUUCAGGUUACGUGUAACCUCUUUUGAUAGCAGCGGGAAAGUUACUUUCAGUAGAACAACAGGAUAUCAGAUUCUAACCUUUCAGAAGGACCAGGAGCAGAUAGUGAUGAAUUUGGACAGAAGCCUCCUGACCUUCCCGCUCUACAUCUUCUGUAACUUUUUGUACACAUCGCCAGAGAAGACAACCGACAGCGAGGCACUGCCAGAUAACUCAGAAACCUGAGACCUCUUUAUAUAUUAUAUAUCUAUAUAUUUUAUAUAUAUAUAUAUGGCCUUAGUAUACUCCUAUGCAUAUCUGAAAAGAUCAUCAGAAAUUGUGUAGGCCAAAACUAGUUAUCCCAUAUGUUUUUUUAAUUUCUGUUCUGCACCUGCAGACAGUAGCCAUUCCGUGGUUAAGAAAUGUUAGACUUUUUAUUUUCCUGGGUGAAAACUGAGCCAAAUGGGACAGGGGGAGUUUGUGUGAAUGACAUCUUACGAACUUUCCUGUCAGAUUCUGAGCACGCAUUGUAGGACGCGUGGUUUUUGUAGUGUCUUAUUUGUUUGUGGGUUGGUUUUUUUUUUUAAAUGACUGAUCUGUAAAUACCA